AAAGACUGCCAUCAUGUCUCAAUCAAUCAGAGGGAUUUUAGUGCUUUUAGUUUUAGCAGGAUUAGGAAGUCUGGGGAGAGUUGGAAAAUGUGCUGAACACAGAGUGAAUUAUGACUACUUUAAAUACCACACGAUGGCAGAGAUCACUGGAUGGAUGGAGCAGCUGGAGAAAGAACACCAGGGUGUCGUCACCAUCGUUCCCUAUGGACAGACAUAUGAGAAUCGAAGCAUUACACUUCUGAAGAUUAGCGUGGGAUCUGAGAAGAAAAAGGCCAUCUGGAUGGACUGUGGUAUCCACUCCAGAGAAUGGAUCUCCCCAGCUUUCUGUCAGUACUUUGUCAAACAGAUUCUGGACACAUACCAGACAGAUGAGAAAAUGAAGCAGAUGCUCAGUAACAUGGACUUUUACAUCACACCUGUCUUAAACAUGGAUGGCUAUGUCUACACGUGGCAGAAUAUAACUAACCGACUGUGGAGAAAAUCUAGAUCACCAGGCAACUGUGGAGACUCCUGUAUGGGCACUGAUCUGAACCGCAACUUUGAUGCAAAUUGGGGGACGGUAGGUGUCUCUAGAAACUGCUGCUCAGAAGUGUACAAUGGUGCCAAAGAGCUCUCCGAGACGGAAGCACAGGCCGUCACAAGCUUUGUGCUGGGAAAAAGAAACGAGAUCAUGUGCUUCCUCACCAUCCACUCCUAUGGCCAGCUGAUUCUGCUACCCUAUGGACACCCCAACGUCUCCGCCCCCAACAUCGAUGAACUGAUGUCUGUGGGAGUUGCUGCUGCCGAAGCCAUCAAAAAUGUCCAUGGCAUGAGCUACACAGUGGGCACCUCCCCUAAUGUUCUCUAUCCAAACUCUGGCUCCUCUCGAGACUGGGCUCGCCUUAUUGGCAUUCCCUACACCUUCACCUUCGAGCUGAGGGAUAAGGGUGAGCACGGCUUCAAACUCCCAGAGGACCAGAUUCAGCCCACCUGUGAGGAGGCCUAUGAGGGAGCUCGCUCCAUCAUCACCUACGUCCAUGACAAAACCUUCAACAUUCCAAAUGCUGCCUCCACUCUAAUAGCUACAAUAUGGAUGGUCUUGCUCACUUUAUGCCUCACUAGCGCCCCCUUGCUGUAAAACAUUGGCAACAACUCUAUCUCCAUAUUUACAGGCAAGAUGAGAUGCCCUCCCUUAUUGCUUAUGACUUAAUUUUCACUACUAAAACUGUUGUUUCAGCACCUCCUUGCUAAAGUAACAUACUCUUAUGGGCUAGCUUGCAGAUACUAUUAGAGGAUUACAUGUAAUCCUGGCAUAUGAUAGCUAUUACUAUUACAUUACUAACUGAUACAUCAAUGGGGGGCGCGUAACUAAAGCGCUCCGUUCGUGACAUGUAAAAACUAUUUUAGAAGACUGGUCUAUUUUUUCCGAAUGUACACAACGCUAUCAUGUCUGGUGUAGCUACUUCCAUUGUGGAAGCUGCUGCAUAGUGCUGCAGCAUACACGUCGCAAACAGAAUGCUUCAGUUACUCGCCCUGUGUAGCACCCCUGUUAGCCUACUGCUAAUGCUAAUGCUACUAUAACUAUAACUACAGCUGUUAUUACUAUGAUCACUAUGUCUCCUGUCCUAUUACAAUGAACUACCACUAUCACAAAUGUAAUCACUUGUAAAAUGUCAAAUGUAACAGCUAUUUUCACAAUUCUUCAACAGUAGGCCUAGGCUGGGGUGCUUUAUGGUGGACCAGCCUCAGACUGACUCAGUCUUAAAUGGGAAAAAAAUGACUAUGCGCCCAAUAUGAGCCAUACGAGUAUUUCAUGGACAGCUAAAUAUGUGUAGUACAACAACUACAUUUUUAUAUUGGUAUUAGGGGGUGUAAGAAGUCAGUGCAAAAUCUAACUGCGAACAUCUAUAGUCAUAGGCCUACACCUUCUUAAUGUAAUUGGACAUUGAGAGUAUUUUCUGUCAGGAAAUGUCACUGACUAAAUUUGUGCUUCUUUGAACAUGAUAGUUCUCAUAUUGGGUACAGUAUGUUCAGAUGUAAUCCACAAUUAUGUACAUAUUUACAGAAUUCAUUUUCAAUAAAUUAGUCAUUGAUGUCUUGGUGAUGGUCAUUUGAUGAUCAUUAAAUGAUGUAUGGUGGUAAAUUGA